UGGAUGACCACAGUAUACCAUUCUCAAUUGCAUUCUACCCUCUUUGCACUUAGCUGGAUAACGCCACUAUCACGUGAAUAUUACCCAAACGGUUUCACUGCUAAAUACUGGUAAAUAAUGCACCAGACCAAGCACCGGUAAGCCGAAAUUGUCAAUAGUAGUUUUUUCAAUAGCACUUUUGGCACAUACCUUGCAUCUUGUUCUCUAUAUACACGUGUAUUAUCUGCACGCCACGGAACUCGAAGUGCGCGGUAUUUUACGUCUGCGCACAGACGGUGUUUGUAACACUUGGCGUUAGACAAUGGGACACGAGUGCGAGCACCGAUGCUCUACAAGUCGUAGAGAUCGUGUGGUCUUGUACGGCUCUCCUUUAGCAACGCUCGGCCUGUUUGGGGCAACAUUCUUCUUCAUCGCUCGGCAUCAAACGACACUCAACAAUCUACAGUCUCUCGUCGAACGCAAACAAGCUGUAAACGGUGACGAAUAUUAUAACCAAGAGAGUCAGACGACAGUCGAUGAAAACCUGUUGCGUCGCGUGACGAGAAAUGCCGGCAGCACAGAUACAAAGGCCAGUAUCGACAAGUUACUUGAAGAAAUAGCAGACUUGCAGCUUCGUUCUUUGCGAGCUCAAUGUCAACGCAGCGAAAAGAUUUGCAUUCAAGGACCAAAAGGCGACGAAGGAGGAAGAGGUGCUAGCGGUAAAGUCGGUCCUCCAGGUAAAUUGGACGUGGUAGAACGACGUUUCAGAGUUGGCAUAGGUCUAUAUUGUAAUAUGAUUUGUCGACGUUCAGGAAAACAAGGAGCAAAAGGUGAUCGUGGCUUUCGAGGAGAGAAAGGCGAGAAAGGAGACAUGGGACCGCGAGGAGCCAGUAUAGAUCCUCCAGUCAUCACUAAAUUUCCUGCUGACGUGAUCGCUUUAGAAGGUGCCAGUGCCGUGUUUGAGUGUGCAGCAGACGCUGUACCGCAGCCAACAAUUCGUUGGCGGAAAGUGGGCGACUCGUCACUUCCUCGAUCUCGUGCUACCAUAACCAGCUCCAACACUCUCACCAUUACUUCUGUGAUACCCCAAGAUACGGGAUCGUAUGUUUGUGAGACUGAGAACAUUUUUGGAAAGGCACAAGCAUACGCAAGUCUUGCUGUCAGAGUUCCCGUUUCCUUUACUCGCAUUCCUCCUGCAACUUUAUUUGUGUCCUUGAGACAGACUGUUCGAAUGGACUGCGCAGCUUCGGGACAUCCCACUCCAACUGUUACUUGGUCUCACGUGGAUAAACUACCAGCUUCCAGUAGAAUGUUAGACAACGGCAGUCUCGUCAUUUACAAUGUGACGCAAUCUGAUAUCGGACAAUACGUGUGUACAGCGCUAAAUGAUGCAGGAAAGAGACGACAUUCGGUUGCGUUGAAGAUUCAUGCAGACACAAAUGUGAUUGAGCAUUCUGUUAGAAAGGGAUUUGUUGCAGCCAAUAGCACUGCUGUCCUCAAAUGCGAUCUUUGCACUUUUUCUGGUUUAUCUUUUGGCUGGAAGAGUGCGUCAGUAGAUCUGUCAAACUCAAGAUUCGAGCAAAGAGGAUGUAUGCUGAUUAUUAAAAACACAACUCUAUCGGAUACAGGCAACUACACUUGUAUUGCACGUUCACAAUCAGGUGUAGCAAAUCGUCAGAACAUACCGCUCACAAUUACAAACUCAGCUCGCAUCACUACUAGUGUCCCGGGCAUAAUUACGGUUGAUAUAGGACAAAGUGUGGAAUUGCAGUGUGAUGCAGUUGGUCCACCAGCUCCCGAUGUCUACUGGACUAAAGGAUCGCUUCGUUUACGAAGCAGUAGACGUGGGGUAUUGAAACUAUCGAACGUGACCAAGCGGGAUGAAGGAAUUUAUCGCUGCAAUGCAGUUAAUGAGUUGGGGCACGACGUCAGGGAGACGAGUAUAGUUUUUAUUAACUGGAGAUUUGUUCAUCGUCCUCCAGCUUCUGUCUCUGUGUCUAUUGGAGAUACUGUACGAAUCAAUUGCACUGCUCAGUUCUCUGUUACCAAUACUAACCAACUGGCUUAUGGUGUUACUGCUGUAACACGAUGGGUUGCUCCUACAUGUUUGCAAAGAUCUCUCACAAUUCUUACCAAUGGAACUUUGAUCAUACCAGACGCAACUGUGUUGGAUACCAGUGUUUAUAUAUGCUACGCUGAUAAACUUGAGGCCAAAACAAUUGUUACUGUUGGAGUCAGAGAUACGAGUUGGAUGUAUACUAGUGACAAUUGUGGAGGAUUUCGUCAGUCUACGUACGACAGCUCAGUCUAUUAUGCAGUCUCAUCUUCCACAACGUGGAAUAAAUCUAAAUACUAUCAUUGUCCGGCAGGAUAUUACUGGGCGUGCACGGAAGAAGGAAACAGAAUUUUCAAAAAGAACAACAACUGGUCGGGAACACAUACGUAUUACAAUCAGUGUGGAUGGAGUGGUUAUCAGAAUAACAGAUAUAGAUUCAGGUUUAGUGAUUCCAUUUCAACUAAUUCUUACAAACAUAGUGGAAACUAUGAUGAGUAUCAGCUACAGUACGAAAGUUCUACUAGUUAUUUUGCUGGUAUUGUUUGUAUUAAAGGCUAACGUGGUGUUCCGUUUGCUGCCAAUGCGAAAGGAAGUGUUUCUGUUCUAAGUUGGAAUAAAAUGUUGGUCAGUGGUCUUGGCU